AUGACAAAAUCGCAGGCAGACUCUUCAAAGGAAAAAGGUGAUUACAAUGUGUUGGGGAAGUCACUGUACAACCUCGUGUCUUUUAUCGAAGGCUACGACCAACAGGUGUUGUCCAUGUGUAUGAGAGCUUUCGAGUUAACCUUAGGUUUUUCCCAAUCUCAGUUGUCCACGUUGGCAACUGUGUCUACUAUGUCCCGCAUGGGUUGCUGCUUAAUCUGGGGUUUGCUGGCAGACACGAAUGAAUCUAGGUAUGUACUUGGAGCUGGUUUAUUAUUGAUGGGCGUGGCCUCGAUUUUUCUAAGUUCUGCAUCUCACUAUAAAGUGCAAAAGAUUGUUGCAGAGUCAGAUGAUUCAAAGGAAUCAAAUACUUCAAAUGGAGAAACGGGGCAACAACAAACAAACAAGAAGCCGAAGAGUAGUAGUAAAUUCACCAUCUUCCAAGCGUUGAAUUGCAUUGGGCGUUUGUUAUGCGCCGUCAUAACUACAAUUAUUGCGCGCAAAGUAUUAUUGGGGUAUUAUGGCUGGCGCACUUCUUACGUUGUAUUGGGCUACAUUUGGAUAUUAUUUGCCAUUGGGGUAGUGUUUGGAAUGGAACUCAAAAAGAGUUCCACAGGUGACGAUUCAAGAGCUCCAAGCAGCUCAACGUCUGGAACGCCAAGUGAAAGAUUUACCGAUAAAGUAUCUGGCGCUUUUUCAGCAGUUUUUAAGUGUAAUACGGCAGGGAUAUGUAUAUUUACAUUAUUUAUCGCCGAAGCUCCGAUGUGUGCUUUUAAUUAUAUGACCAUAUACUUACAAUAUUUGGGAGUAUCUGACACAAUGGCAGGCGUUGCGAUUGCUGUCACACUGAUAGGGGGUGCAGCUGGGAGUGGAGCUGGGGGCAAAAUUAUUGAUAAAAUUGGGGAAUACUGCCCUGAGUAUGGUGAACUGGCUUCUGGAAUCGCAGUUAUGUUUGUCAGACUUGUUGUGUGUCUAUUAUUUUUCCUAGGGAAGCCACCAUGUGGUAGGUUGCUUUGGUAUCAUUACGUAGAAUUGGCAACGCUUGGUGGAACAUUAGUCACUGUUGGUGGUGUAGAUAGGGCAAUUAUGAGAGAUUCUAUUGAAGAUAAGCACCAGGCUACAGCAGCUGCCAUAAUUCGAACCAUAUCGGGAAUUUCAAGCAGUGUAAUUCUCUACCAGGUUUCCGCAUAUUUGACUGAGAGUUUGUUUGGCUACGUACCCUCUAGAGAGUCGUUUGAAACAAUGGCCACGGAUAUUAAAGAGAGAAAUGCCGAGGCCUUGAGGAAAUCGAUGAUGUACAUUAUUUUGGCGGGUACAUUACUCAACGUUGUUUGCUAUAUUGCGAUGUGUUUUACGUAUGAUAAUGAGAGGCAAAGUAAAAAGAAGAUGAAAUAA